CCGGGUCUCUAGAGGAGCCCAGGAAGGAGGCUCGGCUAGUGCCGGCGGGCCAGGGGCUGCCGGGACGCGGCUGCGGCAAUCGCUAGCGGGUCAUGUCGGCCGCCCAGGGCUGGGACAGGAACCGCCGGAGGGGAGGAGGCGCCGCGGGCAGUGGUGGCGGCGGCGGAGGUAGCGGGGCCGGCGGGGGCAGCGGGGGCAGCGGGGGUCGGGGGACUGGCCAGCUCAACCGCUUCGUGCAACUCUCCGGGCGGCCGCACCUGCCAGGCCACAGACCUCCACCAGCACGAAGUGGACAUCGAUGUGUGGCAGAUAAUACCAAUCUCUAUGUGUUUGGAGGUUAUAACCCAGAUUACGAUGAAUCAGGAGGGCCUGAUAAUGAAGACUAUCCUCUCUUCAGGGAGCUUUGGCGGUACCAUUUUGCUACAGGAGUGUGGCACCAGAUGGGCACAGAUGGGUACAUGCCCCGGGAAUUGGCAUCUAUGUCACUUGUGCUGCAUGGAAACAACCUGUUAGUGUUUGGAGGUACAGGCAUCCCGUUUGGUGAGAGCAACGGCAAUGAUGUGCACGUCUGUAACGUGAAGUAUAAGAGAUGGGCAUUACUCAGCUGUCGGGGGAAGAAACCCAGUCGUAUAUACGGACAGGCCAUGGCUAUCAUCAAUGGCUCCCUUUACGUCUUUGGAGGGACAACUGGCUAUAUUUACAGCACAGACCUGCACAAAUUAGAUCUUAAUACCAGAGAGUGGACACAACUGAAACCAAACAACCUAUCCUGUGAUCUCCCAGAAGAGAGAUACAGACAUGAAAUUGCACAUGACGGGCAGAGGAUUUACAUCUUGGGAGGUGGCACUUCCUGGACAGCUUAUUCCUUAAACAAGAUUCAUGCUUACAACCUUGAAACAAACGCAUGGGAAGAAAUUGCAACAAAACCCCAUGAAAAAAUAGGUUUUCCUGCAGCUCGAAGAUGUCACAGUUGUGUUCAAAUAAAAAACGAUGUGUUUAUUUGUGGGGGCUAUAAUGGAGAAGUGAUCCUGGGAGAUAUCUGGAAGUUGAAUCUGCAGACGUUUCAGUGGGUAAAGCUCCCAGCUACCAUGCCAGAGCCUGUGUAUUUUCACUGUGCAGCGGUUACACCAGCUGGUUGCAUGUAUAUUCACGGAGGAGUGGUGAACAUCCACGAAAACAAACGGACUGGGUCAUUGUUUAAGAUCUGGCUGGUGGUACCUAGCCUGCUGGAACUGGCAUGGGAGAAGCUGCUCGCGGCCUUCCCUAACCUAGCAAACCUCUCCCGAACACAGCUUCUGCACCUUGGACUCACACAGGGACUCAUCGAGCGCUUGAAAUGAGGAUUUCUGGACUGUUCACUGAUACUGGAAAUGUUAACUUAAAGAGACUCCUUUAUUUAUGGGCAGUGUAGAAUGUGCUACAAAGAGGAUUGGUUACCCUGAUCAAGGCCUUAUUCAGAAAAUACAUCAGAUGCCUUUCUGUACAUUGAUUCUAAGUUUAUGGAAUCUCACUUUCCCUUGUGCUUCUUUGCUUCUCUCCCUCCCGCCCCAGCACACACGCACACACUCACUUAUUCACAUGCUCCCUCUUCCUUGAUGAAGUUAAAGUAACGUCUGAAAGACCUUAAUAAUGUUAUGAAUCAAGAUGAGAUAAACAGUUUUUUAAAGGAACUCUGAACAGAUGACCAUGUCAGCCAGUGCUCUAUAAAUUAAAGCAACAUCAUGAACGAAAACAAAAAUGAAAUUAAAAAAUUUUAAAUCCUGCAACACCAAGACGUUUUGGGGAUACAGCAAGAAGGCUUGAGAACCUUGCAGGCUAUCUGUAAAGCUAGAUGUUUAACUUACCAUUUUCAAAGAGACGUCUAAUCAAGGAACUAGAUCUAACGGCAGCAGAGGUCGACCUCUUGCUGCAUAGGUACCUACACCUAAUUUUUGACUUUGGAGGAAAGUUAACCAGCUCAGCAACUCUUCAUUAGUGAUUUCUUUUCUCAUCCUUAUGGUGCCAGCAAUGGUUAGAGUUGGCUUGUCAAAAGACUUACGUGUGUGUCGUAGCUGUGCUGUCUCUUGUCUCUCUGAGAAAUUAUGAGACCAAGAACAUCUCGAAUCAAGAAACUUAUGGUGGCAAGAGUCCUUCGUUCUGAGCAGUUUUGAAAUUCUCCCAAGUUCAUCAAUGGUUUCAAGUAUCUCUUUGGCGUCUUCUUCAUGGGGAACUGCAGACCCUAAAUAUGUGGCACCAAUGCCAUGGGACAUAAAUGUAAGCUCGCGAGAGGCCAGAGCAGAGCGUUGCCGCGAGGGCUGCUGCUCUGGGCUGUGAUCUUUGCCUGUCACGUCAACCAUUUCCUUCCAGAGCUUGUUUUUUUUCCAACUCUGGGACGCAUGCCUGCCAUUUUCUUAGGCGACAGGUUUGAUCUCUAGAAAGCCAGUUGGCCCUUGCUUUUUCUCUUAGCUUAUUGCCUCCUUUUCUGUCUGCUUCAGUGUGCACGGUGCUGUUAUUGUCUAGUAAGUGGAUAAAAGGUCUUACGGGGAAAAGCCACAGGUCAUCCUUCCUGAAGAACUAAGUAUCAUUUAACAAACUCUUAUGAGGAGGGAAUGCAGCUUAGGAUCAUUCGCUUUUUGGUGUGAAAUUUUUAGUCCUGGUUUGUUUUGUGUUGUUUUUUUAGUCCUGAAAAAGAAAUGACCUAAAUUUUCAAGUGCUUCGCCAUCAGGCUGUUAGAGCGGUGCAGUGAGUCGCUAGCCCUGUGCGUUUGGAAGGCCUGAGGUGUACCAAAGGUGCUGUCACACACAGGAGGACACAGUGCUGAUUGUCCCUUUGGUCACCUCGCAGCAGGAGGCUCAGAUGGGGAUUUAGGACACGUUUUUCCUUUAAGUGCCUCUUUUUCACUUAGCUUUUUUUUCCCCCCCACCAAGAUUUUAUUGGGGGUUUGGGGGAGGGAAACAGUGUUGGGGAAUUGGGGAA